UGAAGGGUCAAUGUCCUACACUGAGCUCUGUGACGAACCAACAACACACACACACAUACAUCUGUUCCGAUCUCCAGCAGAAGACAUAAAGACGGCUCUCAAACCAUGUACAAGUUUCUUUCUCUGACGCUGAUUUCACUGCUGGCUGUUUUCGGUCAGUAUGUGAUCGCAGGAGGACGCUUCGAGCGAACCAUCAGCAGACCUUUUGGGUCAGUGCUGAAGGUCCAUAACGGGUUGCCAUGGGGCUCGUGGGGUCAAAAAGAAAUGUGUCCAACUGGAAUGUAUGCCACAGGUUUUAGUCUUAAGGUGGCAGGUAUGUGGGAAUCUCUGCUGGUUGGUGAUAACACAGCGCUCAAUGGUAUUCGUCUUUACUGCAUCAACCCGUCCAAAAGCUCAUCGAGCCCAUAUGAGGACUACGCCACGGUUCAGUCCGACGUAGGAAGCUGGGGUAAAUGGUCAGAUAUCAAAUGGUGCUCAAGUGGAUUUCUGACAUCUUUUCAGCUGAGAAUGGAAACCUUCCAAGGGACUAAGGACGACACGGCCGCUAACAAUAUUAGGUUUUACUGCAGUGGAAAUGCAGAAAUGCUGAAGGGAUCUGGGAUGUCGUGGGGCGAAUGGGGCGACUGGAGUGAGAAGUGUGGAGGAAAGGGAAUCUGUGGCAUCGAGACAAAGGUUGAGCAGCCGCAGGGAGUCGGAGACGACACGGCCCUCAAUGAUGUGCGCAUGUACUGCUGUGAUUGAACGGAUUGGAAACCUAC